GAUGGACCCUGCCCAGAGUAGUAUUCGAUUAUGUGUCGGCUGAGAUAUAGUAUACACCCUUCUUGUCCCGUUCCCCUCCCACCAAAAUUGUCUCGAUUUCUCACAGCACUCCCUAUGCUACCUUCGCUUUACAUUUUCAAGGAUUUCCUGCGCACUUGCAACCCCUUUGAUGGCUAUUACACUGGAUGGCGGCAUUGCUCUCGUCACGGGCGCUGCCUCUGGAAUCGGGAAGGAGACGGUCUUUGCCCUCGCCCAAGCCGGCGUAGAAGGCAUCAUUCUUGCCGAUCUGAACCAUAGCGGCUCUGAAUCAGUCGCUAAGGAGAGCCAAAAAUGGGCCACUCAUCCUGAGUUUCGCGCGACAGCAGUCCAGGUGGACGUUUCUGAUGAGACCGCCGUGAACAACAUGGUUGACGUAGCAGUCAAAGGAUUUGGCAGAAUUGACUACUGCGUGCACUCAGCGGGAAUGGGUAGUAUUUCCGGGGCGACAACCGAGCAUCUCAAGGUCGACGUCUAUGACCAGACAAUGACGGUCAAUGCUAGAGGCACAAUGUUGGUCUUGCGAGCUGUCUCGGCUGAGAUGGCCAAACAGGAGCCUCGCAUGCACCAGAGUGCCCGUCACGGUACUUCGCGCAGCCUUGGCCGUGGCUCGAUUGUUGUGGUUAGCUCUGUGAAUGGCACCAUGGUUGCGCCUGGGAUGCUGUCAUAUGCAGCUUCCAAGCACGCUGUAGCAGGAAUAGCAAAAACAGCAGCUAUUGACAACAUCAAGAACCACAUCCGAGUUAAUAUUGUUGCCCCCUUUUACACAGAAACCCCAAUGUUUGAAGCUAGCCUGAAGCGAGUCCCUGAACUGGGCGCUGCUAUCAAGGCAAUUACCCCAUUGAAGAGAGCUGCAAUCCCCGAGGAAGUUGCGGAUCCGAUCGUAUUCCUGUGCAGUUCAGCGGCAAGUUACACGAAUGGAGCCACGCUCAUCAUCGAUAGUGGAAUAACACUUACCAUACCCCGGACCAGUCUGUGAAGCUUUCUAGGAAAGGUUCUACUGCUGGUCUUCUCAUGAUCGAUUCUCUUUCACUCCUUUGAUGUACAAGGCAGAAGAUAGCAUCUCAGUUCAAACUACGAGUCAAAGCCUGCCUUUUUGAAGCCUUUAUAGCUAUUUUGUAAGUGUCAACCAGGAAAUGCCCUAUGAAUUGCCCUAUAGAGACGCCGAUGGUGUCCGGCCAAUUUCAGGUGGUCAAAUGGAAUGAUUUUUUAUUCCACAGAUAUGAACAUAGAAUAACUACCAAAUAGUAAGUAAAAAAUAAUUCUUUGGCCUCGCUUGGUCCGCAAUAGCACUGGCUCUAUUGGAUAUUUUGCGGAUAAUUCGGUCGAGUCUCGCUCAAUCAAUAUCUUUGUUAAUCUCUCUUGUCUGUCUCCGUGGACAAGACUUGAACGCCUGUCUUACCCGCGCGCAUGAAUUGUA